AUGCCAGACAUUCGACUGCUAGACGCCAGUGUCGAUGAUGAGACCAUCAGCGACCUCCGCAUAUUGAUCGAUUCGAGGCACAUCAAGUACAUCACCGUGGACCCCGGUAAUUCCGCGCACAUAACCCAUCAUCCAUCGAGUGGCAAACCGCACUUCUCUCGCGUCACCAACGAUCCACUACCCAGCAUAGCACAGCCUUGGCACCCAGCUCGCGUGGAGUCUCUCGACUGUCAACUAGGAGACAAGUUGAGAUCAAAUGUCCACGAAGCUACUUGCUCCAAGUUUGAGGGCAAAGUGGUGGUCAAACUGGCCCGGUUCCCGUGGGAGAUUUGGCAACUCGACUACGAAACACAAGCAUAUCAAUGGAUUCAAGGCCAUGAAAUCGCACCUGCCUUCCUCGCGCACCUGACCAAGGAGGGCCGUAUCAUUGGCUUUGUUAUGGAGCACAUUGUGAAUGCGCGCCAUGCAGAACCAGAAGAUCUACCGCUUUGUCAAGAGACACUGCGUAGGUUGCACAGAUUGGGUAUCAAGCACGGCGAUGUCAACAAACACAACAUACUCGUUCGGGACAGCACUGCGAUAUUGAUCGAUCUCGACAACACUUUGAGGGGCCAAGAGGCGGAUGUCCUCAACGAGGAGUUCCUGUCGCUCGACGCGGAAUUGCGAGACACGUCAGGGAGGGGAGGAACGAUAGUGGAAAGCAGUGGUUGA